CGGUCACUUUGUAUGUCGAGAAGACUAAGGCAAAAGCUUAUUAAUAAUGAGAAUGAAAACCCAUCUGAAAAUUAUGAAUGCAAAUUUAAUGAAUCUCCAUAAAGACUUUGUUAAGAAAGAAGAGCUUAAUAAUGUUUAGAAUAAAUAAGUUCUCAAUUUCUUCUAUCUAAUACCUUUGAUAUAUAUGCAGGUUGGAAUGAAAAAGAAGAUUUACCUAAUAAAAACUAUCAUAGACCAGCUUAAUCAUAAAAAUCUACAUUAGACUCAUCUUUUAGAAUUAGAAGUUAAAUUAGAACUGCAACACCUAAUCAACGUAGAUCUAAACGAACUUAAUCUCAUAUGAAAGAAACCAAAAUUUUAUUAGACAUCUGUCCAAAGUAAUGUUUCAAUUAUCCUAUACCAGCCUUUAAAACUAAACAAUUUUCUUAAAAAGAAUAAAUUAAAUAUUUUCAAGGGUUUUAUGAUAGAGGAGAUGAAAAAUCCUUUGAUUGGAUGAGCAAUCUACUUCAAGUUAGGAAAAUUAAAAGAUGA